AUGCUCAAAAAAAAGCUGUGUCAACAGCUGUACAGACGAUUUUUGCAGCCUGAGUUUUCAUCCAAUAAGUUCAAUGUCAUUGGUAUUGGGGCUGAUAUCGUUUAUGUGCCACGAAUAAAGAGACUACUAUCCAAAAACCUUGAACAUGCUCCAUUAAGAUUUGAUAAAAUAGCCAGGAAAUUCAUGCACGAACAAGAAAUCAUCAAAUUGCGUGAAUUAAUCAGUUCCCCAGGGCCAGAAAAUACCUUGGCUUAUUAUGUUUCUGGGGUCUGGGCAGUCAAAGAGGCGAUAUAUAAGAGUAUGGCAAGCGAAAUUCCAUUGCAGGCUCUUCCACCGGCUCAGGUAUUGUACACAAAACUUUGUUAUAAGACAAACGAUGAACAGGGAAGACCUCAUGUCGAAAUUGACUACCGUUCAAUGGAAGGGUACGCAGAUUUCAUUUCACGGCACAUCAAGGGUACGAGUUUCAAAGUGAGCAUUUCCCAUGACCGAGAUUAUGUAAUGGCCUUCAUUUGUCACGUUAAGAAUUAG